AUGGCGGCAGCCGAUCUGAUGGUGGUCAUCGUUGUUAUUAUAUUACAGAAGAUGAACUAUAUCUAUUUGUUUGCUAACUUCUUGCUCGUAACUCCGGCGUGUACUCUGGUACUUGCUCUGGGUGUCGCAACCAGGGACUGUUCCGUUUGGAUGACGGUGGCUUUCACUUUCGAUCGCUGCGUGGCCAUCUGCUGUGAGAAGCUGCGGAACCGGUAUUGCACCGAGAGAACAGCGACUGUGGUGGUAAUAACAGUGAGUGCAGCGUGUUUUGUCAUGGCCCUACCGUGUUACUUUGCAGUGGAUCGAUGGCGUUGUGUCCUUGUAGUCGACUACUUUACCUCACCCAUUUGGAGAGCCUAUGAGGUAUUUGACAGCAUCAGAACACCGUUAUUACCAAUCAGUUUAAUUUUGCUCUUUAAUAUUUCAACCAUCAAACGGAUCAUGGCGACGAAUAGAGUUCGCCGGGUACUUCGGAAGAACAGUGAAUGUCAGAAAGAUCCAGAGAUUGCAAAUCGUAGGAAAUCAAUGAUUCUGCUGUUCGCACUUUCAGCUAAUUUUAUAUUGUUUUGGAUGCCCUAUGUCGUACAUUCGAUGAACUGGCAACUUGAGAACUAUUUCUACACAGACAGAUAUUUCAGCAAACCACCCUACAUCCUGCAACAAUGUGGGUUUAUGCUGUCUUUUCUCAGCACGUGCACUAACACGUGUAUCUAUGGACUGACGCAGAGAAAAUUCAGGGAGGAACUGAAGAAUGGAGUGAAGUACUUGUUCGUGGCAACGAGGGCGAUGUUCAAAUAA